AUGUAUCCCGAGUACCUCCUUUUCUCACUCACCGCGUGGACAAGUACAGCGUACUUACUGAGGUGCGCACAACAGCAGCACUUUGACAUGUUUGCCGCCUUUCUCAAUUUCUUACAGCCUGUCCAAUCCCAAUCCACGACUGUCAUUCAUACUGCAGCAGAACGCAGUAGGUAG